AUGCAGUUCUCUCAGCUUCUUCUCGCCACCAUCUUCGCCGCCCCAGCCGUCCUGGCUGCUCCCGUGGCUGGUGUCUCCAUGAUGGCUACUGCCUCCACCUGGACCAUCGACAACAUGAAGCGUGUCUGCAACGCCGCCGACACCUCCUGCACCUGGACCUUCGGCAUUGCCACUGGCUCCGGUACUGCUCAGUCUUGCACCUACGUCGUGAAGGGCGCUGAUGCCUCCGAGCUCAACGGCGGCCCCACCACCUGCGGUGACUUCACCAUCACCUCUGGCUGGAGCGGUCAAUUCGGUGCUGGUGCCGGUUUCACCACCCUGUCUGUUGUUGACAACAAGACCCGCCAGAUUGUCUGGCCUGCUUACACCGACAAGCAGCUUGCUGCUGGUAAGGUUGUCAAGCCCGACCAGAGCUACACCCCCGCCAACCUUCCUUAA